AGGAAAGGAAAGGAGGAGAAAAUAGUUUGAGGCAUAUCUGCAAGGGUGCGAGAGGAAUCGGUUGCAGUGGAGGGCCUGGCUGCUUACUGGGGCGACGUUGUUCAUCAGCACCGCGUCAAUGCAAUAUUUAUGAACUACGGACUGCAUUCGGUCGCCGACAGGACGAGGAUGGUGUCCCACCUGAUUCCGGUGUCGGGGGAGCUGCAACAGGGUGGCGGAAAUUUGGGAGGCGCUGGUCUCACCGCGAGUGUUCUGCACGGCCAGGAUUCCCCGCAUUCCCUCAAGAUAAAGCAGGAACCCUUCCAGUUGUCUCCCACCUCCGCGCUUCCGUCGCUUCACCAAGUGAGCAGCUUCGUGUCGGACUUGGCAAGCGGUUGCAUGGGGAGUUCGGGAAAAGAGGUCGACUCCUCGGGGUCGAGUUUGUCCCGGACGUUGCCGGGGCUUCAAACCCACCACCACCACACCGGGAGUCACAACCUGCACCACGGGCACCACGUGCACCACCACAACCACCACCACAGCCACAGCCACAACCAGCACAACCAUUCAAGCCCGACGUCGGGGGCGGUUGCGAUGCACUCGAGUUCGGCGCACUCCAGCCAUCAUCACCUCGACGAGAAGGGUUCCUCGCCCCCCGGGGCCAUGCACAGCUCGACGAACAGCAACGUCUCGACGCCCAGCGCACCCUCGACCCCGACGACGGGGUCCGAAGCUUCCUUGACGGUCUCGGGGUCGAACGGCUCAGCGUCCGCUACCAGCACGAAACCCCCAUUCAGCUACGUCGCCCUCAUUGCCAUGGCGAUUCAGCACAGCGCUCACAAGCGCGCAACCCUGAGCGAGAUUUACGCUUAUAUUACAGCCAAGUUUCCGUACUUCGAGAAGAACAAGAAGGGCUGGCAGAACUCCAUAAGGCACAAUCUAUCCCUCAACGAGUGCUUCGUCAAGGUACCAAGGGAGGGCGGCGGCGAACGGAAAGGAAACUAUUGGAUCCUGGAUCCUCAGUACGAGGACAUGUUCGAGAACGGGAAUUACCGGCGUCGGCGAAGAAUGAAGCGACCCUACCGUAGCGCACCCUACCAUAAAACCCUUUUUGGAGAACCCUUCGCACCUACUCACGUUCACGUUGGAGAUGCAACGCGAAAUCUUUUCGCUCAUCCUCCCCCUUCGUAUCCACCAGCCUACACGCGUUAUGAUCCAAGUGCUGCGUGGGGUCUGCAACAACCUCAGCUAUCGUAUUCCCCCUGCCAAGCGCUUCAGCCGCAACUACAGCCGGUCCAAUCAAUGCAGAUAUCGACGAUGAACGGAUACAGCCAGCUGAGUUCGUCCCUCAGUAAUUACCUGGAUGUUCCAGGCACCGGGACAAACUCUCCAUCAUCCGUUGGCGGCGGUUCAUUCGGCAGCAGCUUCACCGCCUGCGUCAGGAGGCACGACUCGGGGAUGACCUCCAACCCCAUGUCCACCAGAUAUCCUCCCUAUUGGCCGGAUGUAGUCUGUGUCAAGGAGGAACCUGGCAGUACAACGGGGACGUCUAGCGGCGUCGGGACGGUUGGCGUCGGCGGAAGCAUGGUGGGAUCGUCGACGUCGUCAAGCGUCUCAUCCUCGGGAUUUUCCGGGGUCGACUUCCCGUCCCGUCAAAAGUGUUUCAUGUGAACUUGUAGAGCCCAACGUAGCACUACACAUGUAAGUUAGAUAUAACGUAAGAAAUAGAUAUUACGUAUGCACAUGCACUUCGUCCGUAUUGUAAUAAGUUGUAGGAUAGUAUAUAAUUAGAAUAGCUUAGCGAUUAGAAAAGG